UUACCCCCGGCCUGACGGACAGUAAGAGCGAUGGCGGGGGACACUUCGACGGAGCUUCUUUUUCUAGAUACGUUUAAGCAUCAAAAUGCGGAGUUAACCAACGUGGAUGUGGUGAGGUUUCCCUGCGGGGUGCUGAUCACAGAGGUGAGGGUCAUUCCUCCAGGGAUCAAAGCUCACAGCAACCUACCUGACAACAGAGCUUUUGGGGAGACGUCUCCUCAUGCCUUCCAGUUGGAGCUGUUCUUCAACAAUGUCACCAAACCCAAUAACCCAACGUUCCACCGACUGGGCAGCCUGGAGUAUGAUGAGAACAAGUCCAUCGUGUUCAGACCCAGUGGAAAGGUGAACACAGACGGCCUGGUGUUGCGUGGCUGGUACACCAGUCUGACAGUAGCAGUGUACGGGACAGCAGAGCGCUCACAUGGACACGACCAAGGCUCACCCCCUCCUCCUCCACCCCCACCUCCUCAACAGCCAGGUGGGCCAAAGAGGCUCAUUAAACAAGAGUGGGAAAAAGAGGACCAGUACAAUGGAAGCCCACCUAGACCAGCACCCAGAGGGCCUCGAACUCCUCCUGGGCCUCCACCUCCAGAUGAUGAUGAUGAAGAGCAGGUCCAAGUGACGGUGGGUGUGAACAAAGAAGAGCCAUGCCAGGGCAGAGAUGAUUACCUGGAGGCUGUCUCACCUGAGAGAUCGCUGCCUGCUAAUGAAGAAUACUCAGAUGCUGAACAAGAGGAAGAAGCUGAGGAGGAAGAUGAGCCAGAGGAGGAGGAAGACGCACGGACCGAGGGGAGCGUCCCUGAAGAUGAGGAGGAAGAAGAGGAAGAUGAGGGUGAUGACGGCUAUGAGCAGAUCUCAAGCGAUGAGGAUGAUCUUGACAAUGGUAGCUUUAAGCUUCCCAGCUUUGACAUGGACUACACUCCUGAGGACCUGGCAUCUGUUCCACCUGUCCAGUAUGACCCAUAUGAGCGAGAACUCAGACCCCUGCUCUACUUCACGCCCCCAUACAAAACCCGCUUUGAUACCCAGUUUGAAAAGGCCAGUGUAGAGGAACCCAGGGACGCAGGUGGAACAGAAGAACAAACAGAUGGAGAGCCGACUGAUGCUGUCUCUCAGCUGAAAGAGCUCCUAGCUGGCAUUGGAGAGGACAGAGAUCCUCGCUGGGUAACUGCUGUGGAAGAGGCUCCUGGACUUUUGGCCAAAGGCUUGGCUCUCUUAAUUAAACAAGGGGAGCAAGAAAUGGAGGGUCCUGUUGGGGUUUUAGCUCAAUGGGCAAUCCAGUCUCUCAAUAUGGAGAUUGCGCUCACCCAACCAAUUGCAAUUAAUCUCAGACAGUUGAAAGCUGGGGCCAAGCUGGCAUCAUGUCUAGCAGAAUGUCCACAGGGCUUGACAGCCCUGCUGCGUGAAGGAGUCCUGGAUGUGCUGCUGGAGCUGCUCCAUGCAGACCAUGUGUCCUCCACACUGAAGCUCAGUUUCCUGAGAGCUCUGGGUGCUCUGAUCAGCACUCCUGCUGGUGUAGAGGCUUUUCUGCAUGCAGGAGAGUCGGAGAAGAGUGGCUAUCAGCGCUUAGUCCAGCUGUUCCUGCGAGAAGAAACAGUCAGGGUCAUAACUGCAGGCAACACCAUACUGCAGAAAAGUCACAUGUAUGAGGUCCUCUUGGAUCUGCAGAGAGCAGCAGCAGCGUGGAGUGAACCACAGCAGGUAGAUACAUUAAAUAACUCAACAUUUCAAAGUGUAUUUGUUGCUUCCUCGAGUAAAAAUGUAUUUUUAUUAAUCAUAACUGACUGUAAUUCUCAGGAGGAGAUGGAGGAAGCUGACAGCCCCAUGGAGGAGGAGCCGUCACUAAGCCCCUCCCCUGUGAGUGAGGCAGAGCUCGACAGACUGGCGGGGGUUUUGGAAGAGUUGCAUCACCUGCUAGAGACGGCCCCUAACUGCAUGGUGCAGCCGCCCGGGAAAGCCUUUCCCACUUCUUCUAGGAUAACAGGACCGCAGGAGAGGGAUGACCCAUACCCAACACUGUACAGGUACAUGCAUGCAUGCCGUUUUCUGGAGAGCACAUCGGUGGUUUUGUCAGCAGCCGCAGCAGCUGGUCACCUUGGUGUCACCCAGUCAGUGAGAGACAUCCUCCGCUUUCUGUCGCUCACCCAGCCAGGCCUACUGUUCCUCCUCGCCCAGCCUACUCCUUCAAAUCUGCUCCUGCGCCUCCUGGCAUCAAUGGCAGAAACAGAGAUUGAGGAAACAACCUUUACAGGGGGAGAGGGAAGUCUCAUGGGACCAGGGUUUGGUGAAGAGGGCUUUGGCGUGUGGCUGAUGCAGGCACUGCACGCCCUUCAGGGUGUCUCCGAGCUUAUGAGCCACGUAGCCUCAGGAGGAGACGGGCUAGAGGAGGGUGACAACGCAGAGGUUCUGAGCAUGCUCCAUGGGCUCUACCUGAUGACUUUCACACAGACCGGUCGCAGUGCUGUGGCCCAUGUUCUCAGCAUGGACAACCACCUGUCCUGUCUGGUUACCCUGCUGCAGCAUCACAGCAGCAAGGACGGACAAGGUGAGACCAAAGCUCGCAAAACAGUGACCUAUAACUACGCCUGUAUGCUGGUUUUAGUGGUGGUGCAGAGUUCCAAUGAACUGCGGAUGAUGGAACAAUAUGCCGCCCCACUACUCACCAUAGCAAAGGCUGAUGACACAAACGCUAAGCUACAGGAGCUUAGCAAAUGGCUGGAGCCUCUGGACAAACUGCGCUUUGAGAUUGGUAGCAUUCCCACCCUCAUAGACUACAUCAAACAGAAUGUGGAAAAUGUGUUGACUGCUGAUGGGACUGGACUGGUUACUGCUCUCAGGGUCCUUAAUCACAUUGCCUGCCCCCCAACUACUGCUGAGGCUCAGCAGAGGGAUCUCAAGUGGAGUCUUGCAGGGGUCCAGCUCUUCUCCGGUGAGGGUCUUGAUACGUGUGUGCGUGUCCUACAGAAGCUGUGCAGCGUGCUGCUGCAGCCUUGGCGUGUGCACGGACACAUGGGCCCCACGCCACAGCGUUGCAUGAUCCUCAGUAUAUGCAUCAGUACACUGCGGUUGCUGCGCACCAUGCUGAUGGAGUUACUACGCGGAGGAGCUUUCCAAUUCAGGGACACACGUGUUGCCAAUGUGUUAGUGACACUCCACAUGAUAGUAUGCUCCAUCCCUGCAUCUGGACGUCUAGACGGAGAGGAGACCAGAGUGCAGGCCCUAAUUGUUGAUGUAUUGCUUACGUUUUCGCAGGGCGUCAAUGAAGAGGUGACUCAUACAGAAGAGACUCUGGCCAGCAACACCUGGUCUCUGAUGCUCAAGGAGGUUUUGGGAUCACUGCUGAAAGCUCCUGAAGGUCUGUUCUCUGGUCUGACGUUGCUUUCAGAGCUCCUUCCUCUUCCGCUGCCAAUGCAGAGCACUCAGGGGAUUUCAGUCCAAGAUGUGGCUGUAGCCUUAAACACAAGGAAGUUGUGGAGCAUGCACAUACGAGCACAGUGGAAAGUGUUUUCCGAGGCUUUUAGGUGUGCGUGUGCCACCAGCUGCCCUCCUCUCCUGGCCAUGCUGAAGAGAAUGUGUGUGCAGCUGGCUGAUCUGUCUUCACCCAGCGCGACUCUCAUCAUGAAGACUCUGCUGGAACUGCUGCUGGAGGAGCUGCAGCCGGUGGAGGGGAAAAGUGUUUGCUGGGGCCAGAGCCUGCGUCUGCUGUCUUUGUUGGAUGCUCUGGUGUCGCAGAAAGCUUGUAAAAGCGCAGCACUGCACCUGCUGUCCGGCUCUGUGUCCGGAGAUGAACAACUAGCUGACCUGUUCCCGCUGCUGCUGUCUUUGGCAGUCCCUCCAACUGAUAACUCCUUACAACAGCAGCAAUGCAGUGAACUAGUGGGGACAAUAUUACAAUCACUCUGUGACCAGGACAUUUCUCUGGUGGCUUCUCCGAACGUUGAGAGCUGUGUGUCAGAGGUCGAGCAGCUUGCUAAUGCACUCCCAGGGAGAGAAAUGAUGUCGUCAGUGUGCAGCACCCUGAUGGACAUUUUGGGGAAUUCUGACAGCAGUGUCCCGCUCCUACUCACCUGUAUCAGGACUUUGACAUUCCUCACUGAGCACGACUACGGACUCUACCACCUCAAAGUUGCUUUGAAGAAACAUGGUGCCGGUCUUAGCUCAUUGUUGAAGAGAUUGGUGUUUAACUUCAAUAAGGAUUCAGCAGAUCUGCUCUCAGCUCUGCUGGACUUCCUCAGGCAGAUCGUCAACACAGACACAAUGAGUGUUGAGGAGGGGCAGGGGUCCAGCGAGGAGCACGCUUUCACUCCUCCGCGGCUGCUGUCUGGCACUGAGAUGAAAGCUCUGCUGCAGUGGGAUGAGUCUGAGUCCCAUCCCCUCCCCACUUUAGAGAAACAGAUCACGAAAUUAUGUAAGGAAGAUGAGUCACUGGAGACGCUGUUGGAGAAUGUCAUUGUUCUGAGGCAGACGCUGGAGACGGCCACAGACACGCCUCCUGCAGUUGAUACUGAACCCACUCUGCCAGCGCCUGAAACGCUCGGUGCCCAGUUUAAUCACAGGACUGUGUUCAUUCUAUCGGAAGCUUUGGAUGAGCAGCUGAAGACUCUUUGGUUCUCUCCUUUCCAAACUGACGACAUAGAACCAGACCUUGACAUGGUGAAGGUGGAUCUGGUGGGUCUGGCUCAGGAGUGCUGCCCAGAACUAGACCUGAAGGCAGAGCUGGAGCGCUCCUUCCUGUCUGAGCCCUCGUCUCCCGGUCACAAUAAAACUACAAAAGGUUUCCGGCUGGGCAAACACAAGCACGAGACGUUUAUCACAUCAAGUGGUAAAUCCGACUACACUGAGCCGGCCAAGAGAGCCCACAUCAUGGCUGCUCCUCGCGGCCGCGGAGGUCGAGGAGGGUUUGGACAGAAUCUUUGCCGACCUCACGAUAUCUUCCGCCAGCGUAAACAAAACACCUCACGUCCUCCCAGCAUGCAUGUGGAUGACUUUGUGGCAGCCGAAUUUAAAGACAUUACAACCCCUCUUGGACUUAUGCUACCCAAACGUCUCCCUAAGAGCUCCCCAAAACCCCCCACCAGAGGUCUGUUCACUGGAAACAGAGGCAGAGGCACCUUCCACAGUCAGACGCGCUUUUUCACUCCACCACAACCUAAAGGUGUAAUGCUGUCUGGUAACUAUGCUCGCAGAGAGGGAGGCCGUGGUGGUUCUUCGUGGAGUGGACAAGUUCCAGCAGUGACCCACAGAGGAACCUACAGUGAACCCCGCGGAGGCCAAAGCAACUUCACACGAGGACCAAUGCCCUCACGACAACCACCAGCAAGUGCAUAUCGUCUGGCUCCACGUGACCGGGCCCCACGGGGCAGAGGGGGGGCUGGACUGUCAUGGCUUAACGCCGGAGGAGGUGGUGGAGGUGCUGGAGGAGGCGGUGGGGGAGGUGGAGGAGGAGGAGGGAGAGGAUCUCAGGGGAGCAAGUUCAGUGGCGGGGGAGGGAGCGGAGGUGGGAGAGGCAGACAUGUUCGCUCCUUCACCAGGUAAACUCACCUGGGCAAUGACUGCAGCCUUUCAUGGCAACAUACGGACCAAUCAGGAUAAUACGUACUGUCUCCAUGGAAAAGUGGUGGGAUGAUGUUGUCAUGAUGAUGUAAAGACUCUGUGUUGAUGUUUUAUGUUUUGUUUUCAUGAGUUGUAUUCAGAUAAUAAAGGUCAUAGAAGCCUAGA